UAAAGUUUUAUUAUUCUUAUUCUUAGAAGAUAAAGGGAAAAGAUAAAUGAUUACAAAGAGCGAAUAACUAUAAGUUCCGGAUUGCUAUUGUUACAGGGCAGUCGGUGGCUCCCAGAAAGAGCACCAGACUCAGAACCAGGAGGCUGCGAGUUCGAAUCCCGCUCAGGGACAAAAAUGUCAAAAUCAGUUGGAAAUGUUUUGCCAGAGAAGGCAAGGCUUGACAGCUCGAUUUAUUUAUUUACUACAUUUAUAUACUGCCCUUCUCACCCCAAAGGGGACUCAGAGCAGCUUACAAAUUACAUUCACAUACAAUACAUUAUAUUAUUAGCAUAGUAAAAUAAUAGUAUUAAAUUACUAUAUUGUACUAAAUCAUUACAUUGUAAUAUUAUUAGUAAUAUUACAUUUAAUAUAUAACAUAUAAUUAAAAUUAUUAAAUUGCAUUAUUAUCAGUAUUAUAUCGUAAUAAUAAAUAAAUAAAUAAAGUUUUAUUAUUCUUAUUCUUAGAAGAUAAAGGGAAAAGAUGAAUGAUUACAAAGAGCGAAUAACUAUAAGUUCCGGAUUGCUAUUGUUACAGCGCAGUCGGUGGCUCCCAGAAAGAGCACCAGACUCAGAACCAGGAGGCUGCGAGUUCGAAUCCCACUCAGGGACAAAAAUGUCAAAAUCAGCUGGAAAAAGGCAUGGAGGGUACGGGGCGCAAAGAGAGCUGCCAAGGCACAUGUUUUGCCCAAGAGCGCCCCCCGUCGACGUGUGCCCAACUCGGAGGCGUAAUUGGCGUGCCAUGUUGGACCGGCCCUGCUUUAGGGUUUACUAAAGGAAGGGGAAAUGGUAUCAACUUCAUUCAAGUCAAGGCUGGUGAAUGCAUCAGGCUCCACUAGCAGAAGGGCACUGCUUCUCCUUCCUUCUUUAGCAAAUCCUUUUUUGUAAUGUGCAACUCAAAACUGAGGUGCACAUUACAUUCAGUGGCACACUAGACCCAAGUCAAUAUGGGUAAUUAAAUUUUAGAGUGAAUAUAAACUUACUGGGAAAAUACCGCUUGCCCUGAAACAAUACAAAUGUCACAAUGGAGUCACUCAUAGCUAUGGAUAAGGAAGAAAUGCAGCAGAACACAGUACCUGUGGAAAGGGGGAUAAAAUGCCUUAAUUCCAAAACAUUGCAAGUGUUUAUGCUGCUGUGGUCUCACUUGUUAUUUCUGUCGCAGACAUUGUACGACAAUAUCAUUCAGCUUAACUAUGUGUAAAGAAGUUCAAGUUGUAUUUGGAGAAAUAGAGGAAGAGGGGGAUUGCAAGAGGGGAGGAUAGACACACAGAGAAAAAUAAUAAGCUUAUUGAGUUAGAUGUUUAUUGUAGAUCUGGGAUUUCUGGAAAGUGAUAUCAAACAAUAAUGACAUGAUAAAUGUUUCUGCUGUGUGAUAGAUUUAAUCAACUGUUUCUGUGACAUCUGGGAAACAUUCAGGUAUCUGAAAAAUAUAUCCUGCUAAGGUCUCAUCCUACCACUGUUUAGUUAUGGAUGGCUUCAGCAUGUCACCAUGGCCAAUCUUCUCAAAAAUAACUUUCUAAACUUUUUACUGAAGAAAAGAAUAAAUGUUUCUGGAAUACAGAGUUGGACAAAAGACUGCCUCUUGUAGUCUGUCUUUAUAGGUUCCUUAGAGCAACUGCCACCUUUGAUUGAUAUACAGCCAGCAGAAACUAACAGGAAGACUCUUAUUUCCUUGUCAUACUUUUGAGGAUGUUCAGCUUUACCACCAGACUGCUAGCCCAUAGCAUCUAGUGAUUGUAAUUUGGAGAUUCUGUGACAGAUGGAUACUACAUAUUUUGCUCUGAAAGGUUCAAACGCAUCAUAUAUCAUAUAGUUUGCAAAUAGCUGCUGCUCUUAUUUCUUUUGUUCUCUAAUGGCUAAAUUUGCUCUGAAAUGACAUGCAUUGCAGCAAUAGUUUUAAAACUCAAUAGAUCACUUUAAUGUCACACCAUUUGUGUGGUGCCUGAGGUCCGCUAUUACUUACUUUUGAUAACUUGAUAACAGAUGCUUUGGAACUGGCAGGCUGGAAUUUGCCUCACAUGGAAUUUCCUUUUGACACUAACUUGAACUGCUAUGGUUCCAACCUAUGGAAUUGCUACAGAGAAUUUUUAAAUUAAAAAAGUUUCAAAUAUGGGAAAUCAAUCAGCCUUUUAAUUUUAACAUUCUGCAAAAUGGAGAAAAGAAGCCUCCUAAAAGAAGUUUCAAGGUGGUAUUUUCCCCCUAAAGUACAGCAAUAUAAACAAGAAUUGACAAUAUUGUGCAUUUAAUAGGCAUGAGUAAUUGAUAAAAAGUUUCAAAAGUCAUUGCAAAGCGGGGAGUGCUGGCAUUUUGUUUGUAAAGUGUUUCUAAAGUAUCGUUAGUGAAAAUUUCGUUGCUAUUUUGUUAAAGUAAUUGAGCACCUGGUGAAUCCUUAGGGGCUUUUUUUGCUCUCAUUUUUACAACUAUUGGGAUGAAACUUGCUACAGUGGUAGUACAUGUUUACCACUGUUAGCCCACCAAAUUUGAAAACAUUUCACUUAUCCACGGAUCUUUGUGGAAUUUUCAAAGUAUUUAUAAACAUCAUUUAAAAAAAUUACAAAAGCUAUCUCAUUGAAUUUUCUAUACAACAACACAAGAUAACAGGGGAUCAUUUUGUGCAAUGUUCAGAAAUCUUCAUAUAUCUAUUGAUGUUAGAGAAUGUUUUUAAAAUUUUGACAAAAUGCUUUUUUUUAAAAAGCCACAACAGCUAUCUCAUUGAAUAUCUCUCAUAUUAACCAACAGAAGAAACCAAUAUUAAUCAAUUCUACAUUUUCAUAGAAUUCUAGAGUUGGAGGGGAUCACCAAAGGACAUCUAGUCCAACCCCCCUUCUUCCAGGCAGAAGAGCACCAUCAAAACUCUCCUGACAGAUGGCCAUCCAGCCUCUAAACUAAUCAACAUGCUUCCCAGGUAGAAAGGCAUGGCUGCAAAGGUGAGGUGCAUGCUGCUGGCAGGAGCAGGGUGUCAUGGUUGCUGCGUUGUAGAGGUGGAAGAAGAAUUAGGAGGUGGCUUCUGAAAUGUGGAAUGAACAAUUACAUCAGGAUAACAAAGCUGCCCUUCUGUCUUGGGUGAAAGAAACUGGAAUCCAGGUAGUUGAAGUCACCCAUGAUGGCAAGAGAAAGAACAGUAGCCCUCUACCAGGUUUGUUUGGAGGUCCAGCUCCAUCUGGUACAGAGGCUUACAUAGGGAAAUCCCACAGGAUAGAUAUGAGGAUAAAACUAAUUCCUCUUUUCCAAAGUGUGGGAAAGCUCUAUGAAUUUUGCCUCAUGAUAAUAUUCAGUGGGUUUAACCGGAGCUUUGCCUAUGCCAUGUAUAUGGACCGGUAUGGUGCUCAGAAGGCUAGCAGGCUGCUCAAUAUAUACAAAAUCCAGAAGGGCCACCAGAUACUUGUUUGCAGGAGCACCAACAAGUGUGAAAUCUGCAUGGAUGGCCUGACCCCAUUGGUGAAAGAGGACCAGUUUCUUCCGAUGCUACAGGAGCUAACUACAGGAGUCCUGAGCAAGAACCGGCGGCAACUUGCAGAGAUGAAAUACAUCUCUCAUCAGGCUGCUGCAAUAGCCAAGAAAGCUCUUGUAGAGGUACUUUGUGUCUAA